GCCACAGAGAUUGAGGGACUGCUGGAGUAUUCAAAGAAAAGCUUUCUGAUGAAGCUUAAAUCAUCUUAAAAGGGGCAUGUAAAGCUUUGGCAAAAUGUGCAGGUGACACUGACUAGAUGUUAAUGAGAAGGACAUACCGAAACAAACUUACCGAAGUGGAAAAGGAUUAUUUUGUUUAUUUUUAUUUUUUAAACCUACAACUGGAAGUGAGAGCCAGUGAAGCAGGAGAAGCUGGUUGGCCUGGAAUCUAUAUUGACAGUUGUCUCUAAGGACUGAAGAGAGUGCCUUGAUAAAGAGCUGGACAACAAAAUUCUUCCAGAGUAAUAAAGAGACUGAAUGCCUGUAGCCUGUCAGCCUGAGUGGAGGUUGGCAAGUGAGCAGGGAUGGAUGUGUUUGGUGGAGCACCACGGUUCCUGGCCUACCCUCGUCCUGUGGUAGUACAAAGUGGCACAGAUGCAGUUCUAAAAUGCCAGAUUGGCGGGGAUCCCAGACCAGCAGUUAUAUGGGAGAGAAACAAUGAGAAAAUUCACCCAGAGGACAGAUACCGGGUGUUUGAGGAUGGAAAUGUCUACAACCUUAUCAUAACCUCUGUGACAGUGGAGGACAGUGGACAAUACAUCUGUAAGGCCAAGAACUGCAUUGGAGAGACUUACGCCGCAGCCACUUUGAAAGUAGAAGGUGAAGCACAGGAGAUGGAGUUUCGGGAGGAAAACAAGCCACGCUUCCUCAUCAAGCCCCUCUCAACUAGAGUUGGACGAGGAGAGGAUGCUGUGUUCUCCUGUAAGCUGUGGGGAAACCCCAGACCAGAAGUGAUGUGGGAGAAGGAUGGCAAGAAGUUAAAUGAGAUCUUUGAAAGCACACAUUUCACCAUCAGCUAUCAGGAUGGAGGAUGGUUCCAACUAAAGAUUUUCAAGACAAGAGCACCAGAUGGAGGGGUGUACACUUGUAAGGCCAGGAAUGAAUUUGGAGAGAGUCUGGCAGGGGCUGUGCUAUUGGUGGAUGCUGGACCAGGACAUGAGGAUGAAGGGAACCGUAACGGUUACACUAACGGCCACUGGAAAGCACAUCAGGGAAAACAGAGAAGUAGUAGGCAAGUUGCAACACGGCUGAAAGAUGAUCCACUGCCAAACUCAGCCAAAGUAAAAAUGUUUGCAGUGACAGAAGGGAAACAUGCAAAGUUUCGAUGCUAUGUAACAGGGAAGCCAAAACCUGAAAUAUUAUGGAGAAAAGAUGGGAGACUUAUCUUAUCUGGCAGACGGUAUCUUUUGUAUGAAGACAGAGAGGGUUACUUCACACUUAAAGUUCUCUACUGCAAACAACAGGACAAUGGAGUUUAUGUCUGUUCUGCCUCAAACACUGCAGGACAAACCCUGAGUGUGGUACACCUUAUCGUCAAAGAGCCACCUAUCCGAUUUAAGCAACCACUGAAUGACUUGCAAGUAUGGGAGAGAGACUUAGCUGUUCUUGAGUGUGAAGUUCCUGAGGACUCUGUUCCAAUCACAUGGUACUUAGAAGACAGGCGACUACAACCUGGAGCCAAAUAUGGGAUGGAGGAGUGGGGGACAAUGCGGCGACUCACAAUUCGUGAUAUUGGGGUUGAUGAUGAUGGGAUAUAUCUAUGUGAAAUGGCUGAUGGGGGCAGAAGCAUUGCUGAGGUAGCAGUCAAAGGAACCAUUGUAAGAAAGCUGCCACGAAAAGUUGAUGUUCUGGAAGGGGAAAAUGCAGCCUUCUGUGUGGAAGUGGAGGAGGGAGAAAUGGACAUUCAUUGGUACAAAGAUGGAACAGAGCUAAGGGAGACCCAUCAGACCAUUGUCAAAUCCUUUGGAAGGACACACAUCUUGGUCUUUGUCAACACCACACCACAAGACUCUGGUUUGGUCAUGUUCUAUGUGGGUAGAUCGAAGACGUCAUCUCAGCUAAGGGUGAAAGCUGCAAGGCACUGUCCACCAAGCUGUCCUAUCGGGGUACAGAUAAACACAGAGCGAGCGAAUGCAGCUCUCCUGUCCUGGUUUCCUGCACAAGACUCUCGGAAGAAUCCACCUUCAGGGUAUAUUAUUGAAAGACAAGAAGUUGGCUCACAGGAGUGGCUGCAAUGUUUAACCACAGACUCUGUAACCUCAGUGGAGAUUCUUGGCGACAGCGUUCCAUGCGAGGCAGACUACAGAUUUCGGAUAUGCAGUGUCAACAAGUAUGGAAGGAGUGGAAAUGUAGAGUUCCCUCGAGCAGUUCACCUUGUUCCAGUUGCCAGAAUCCAAACCCCUCUACAAGAUGCUUUAGUGCCAGAGGGCCAGGACGCCUGCUUUACCAUUGAGCUGUCUGCCUCAGUUAUAGGCACUUGGUUCUUAAACGGAAAUCAGCUUCAAGACGAUGAACGUUUCUCUAUAAGGCGUUCGCGUACACACCAGUCCCUACGCAUUCGUGGGGUACGGGACACAGAAAAUGGAGCAGAGAUCACCUUCAUUGCCUAUGGAAUUCGAGAUUCUGCUGCUUUGUACAUACAAGCCCCACUGGUAAAAUUCACACCACUUUCUGAAAUGGAUCGAAACAAAUUUGUGGAGGUUGGCAACCCUAUAGUGCUCUACUGUGAGCUCUCAGACCCUGAGACUCCAGUUCGUUGGUAUAAGAAUGGUGUUGAACUUCAUACAAUGGAAGGUCUGCACAUCCAAUCAGAAGGAACAAUGAGGAGGAUUGUCAUCCAAUCAGCUGAUUUCUCCCACUCAGGAGUUUAUAGUUGUGAUGCUAUUGAUGACGUCAUCAGGUUUAACGUGGAGGUUGAGGCCCCACCAGUGAGGUUCUUAGUCCUUCCGGAGGAUGAUAGGAACAAGUCCGUUGAAGCAGGCUCACCGAUAGCACUGCAAUGUGAGCUCUCAGAUCCACUCGCCCAGGUCUCCUGGUAUAAAGAUGGUGUGAAACUUUUACCACAAAGUGGACUAGACUUCAAAUCCAAGGGCACAAAGAGGCAACUGAUUGUCCAGGCAGCUGAAUUUUACCAUUCAGGGGGGUAUAGCUGCAAGACAAGGGGUAAUGCUGUCCACUUCAAUGUGGAAGUUAAAGCCCCACCUGUGAGGUUCUCUGCUGUCCCUGAGGUUAAGAGGAGAAAGUGCAUUGAAGCAGGCUGCCCCAUUGUUCUGCAGUGUGAGGUUUCAGACUCUACUGCACAGGUCCAGUGGUACAAAGAUGGGGAUCAGCUCCUUAUAGAAUCUGGAGUAGACUUCAACUCAGAUGACUGUAUGAGAACACUCAGUAUUCAAUCAGCACACCCGUCUCAUGCCGGUGUGUACAGCUGCACAACAAAGGAUGAUGUCAUCAAGUUUCAUGUGGAGAUAAGAGCUGUACCCGUGAGGUUCUCAGCUGUUCCUGAAGCUGAGAAGAAUAAAUGCAUGGAAGCUGGUGGACACUUUGAACUCCUCUGUAAGGUCUCAGACUCUACAUCCCAAGUCAGCUGGUUCCACAACAAUACGCAGCUUCAGCUAGAGAGUGGUUUGGACAUUCAGUCAGAGGGAGAUGUAAGGACUCUGGUAGUCAAUCCAGCUGAACCCACUCAUUCUGGAUUGUGCCACUGUGAAUCAUCUGAUGACUCUGUCCCGUUCCCUGUGGAUAUCAAAGACCCACCAGUGAUGUUCUCAGCAUUACAAGACAGCGUGAAGGACCAGCUGGUUGAAGCAGACUACUCCACUGAUUUGCAAGGUGAGAUCUCAGAUCCAAAUGCCAAUGUGUGUUGCUACGAGGAUGGUGUAGAGCUUGUCUCAGAAAGUCAGCCUCAUAUCAAAUCGGAGAGCACCAGGAGGACAUUAGCUGUCAAGACAGCACAGCCCUCUUACUCUGGAUGGUACGACUAUGUGAGAACGGGUGAUCCCAUCCAAUUUAAUGUACAAGACCAAGGGCCACCACCAACAUUUUUGGCUGUUCCUGAAGAUGAGAAGACCAAAUGCACUGAGGAAAUGGAACCUGUUGCAUUACAUUAUGAAAUUUCAGAUUCAACUCCAUAUGUCAGCGUGACAAAAGAUGAGAAGGUCAUGCUUUCUCAAUUUAAGCCUGAACCUGAAGUUCACUCAGACAUAUCCAGAAGAACUGUAAUCAUCCAUGCACCUGAGACAUCUCUUUUUGAAGUAAACAGCCAAAAGACACCAGAUGAUCCCACCCCGUUUGAAAUGGAUCAAGCAGAACUGUCUCACUAUGAGGUGUUCAGUGGUGAGACCUAUGAUGACUCUGUCCAGUGCACUGUGGAUAUAAAAGCUCCGCCAGUGACGUUCUCCAGUGUCCCUGAGGCUCAACGGACCAUAUGCAUUGAGUCAGGAAGACCCUUUAAACUGCAAUGCGAAAUCUCAGACCCUGAUGCACAAGUCUGGUGGUACAAAGAUGGGAAUGCGGUGCUUCUUCAAGAUGGCAUUGUUACUAUGUAUGAGGAAGCAAUGAGAACACUCUCUGUGCAAAGUGCUGAAUUAUGUCACAGCGGAACAUACAGCUGCCAGACAAACAAUGACACCAUCUCAUUCCAUGUGGAAAUCAAAGCACCUCCUGUAACAUUUGGCUACAUACCAGAAGAUGAUCUGCACAAAAAUAUUGUGGAACAAGACAAUCUACUCCUUUGCUGUCAAGUGUCCAGGUCAGAUGCUAUUGCACAAUGGUACAAGGACGGAGUAGAAUUAAAGCCUUGUGACAACAUCCUCAUAGAAGCAGAAAACACUAUACGAAGACUGAUCAUCCCUUCAGCUCAACUCUCAGAUUCUGGGACAUAUACCUGUCGGGCUGGAAAUAGUGCAUUAACAUUUCAAGUUUAUGUAAGAGCAAUUCUCUUUUGCUUUACAGAACCCCCAGUGAUGAUUGUAUAUCCCAAGGAAGAUGUCCACCUUGAUCGCUAUGUUCCUGAAGAAAUUGUUCUUAGCUGUGAACUUUCACGGCCAAAUGGAAAGGUGACAUGGUUCAAGGAUGGACAAAAACUACAGGAGAGUGAAAACAUAAAGCUAAAGACAGAGGGUCCAUAUAGACGGCUAAAAAUUCUGCGCAGUGGUGUUGAGGACUCUGGAGAAUAUGUCUGUGAUGCAGCUGAUGAUUCAAUAUUCUUCAAUCUAAACAUAAAAGAACCCCCAGUGCGCAUAGUUUCUCCAAGCCAGUCCCAAAUGGAACUUUGCCAGCAGACUUCUGAAAGGAUGGUCCUGAGCUGUGAAAUCUCUAGACCAAACGCCACUGUACGUUGGUAUCGAGAUGGACUUGAAGUAGAGGAGAGUGACAGCCUAAUUCUGGAGGUUGAUGGUGUCUAUAGGAGACUUAUUAUCCCAAAACCUACCAUCAAAGACUCUGCAGAAUAUGUCUGUGACACCGCUGAUGACUCAGUGACCUUCUUUGUAAACAUUGCAGAGCCACCAGUUAGAUUUAUUCGGCCAAGGAAAAUGGCCCAUGGAGUAGAGAAACUUGUGGGAGACACUGUGGUUCUGGAGUGUGAAGUGUCUCGACCAAAUGCUGAAGUCACCUGGAAGAAGGAUGGAGACGAGAUAGAGGAGAACAGCAACAUAACCAUCACAGAGGAUGGCACAAGUCGACAUUUAACCAUUCACUCUGCAGCUUUUGAAGACACAGGGCAAUAUGUCUGUGAUGCUAGAGAUGAUGUGAUGGAUUUCCUAGUGAAAAUCAAAGAUACACCACUAAAAAUUCUGCGAAAAGCUGAACUAGAAACAAAGUGCCGAUUUGUAGCAUCUGAUGCUAUUGUGUUAAAAUGUGAGGUCUCAAGAGCAAAUGGAGUGGUCAGUUGGCUUAAAGACAAUGAGAAGAUUGAGGGAAAUGAGCAUUUCAUCUGUGAAGAGAAAGGGACAUUCAGAUCUCUGAUUGUCCCCAGUGCUGAAUUAAAGGACUCAGGGGAGUACAUCUGUGAUGCACAAGAUGAUAAAGUUGUCUUCAGUGUUACUGUAGAAGACGCUCCAGUGUCCAUUAUUGGGAAUUCAGAGAAGCCAGAACACCACAUUUUAAUGACAGGAGAUGAUCUUAUCCUGGAAUGUGAGGUAUCUCGAGAAAAUGCUAUAGUCCAGUGGUACUGCAAUGGAUGUUUGCUACAAGAGGAUGUACGCACACAUAUUGAAAGCAGAAAAACAACGAGGAAGCUUGUGCUAUCAGGACUUCAGACAUCCGACUCUGGAGAGUAUCUCUGUGAUGCCAUUGAUGACAAAAUGAUAACUAGGCUAACAGUUCAAGAACCCCCAUUUAAAUUCAUUAAAAAAGAUGAAAGAACAAAUAUUUCAGCCUAUGAAGAAGACAGUGUGACACUGCGUGCCACUGUUAAUAGGGUCAGUGCCCCAGUGAAAUGGCAGAGAGGCCAUGAUCCAAUCAGAAGUGAUCGUUUCCACACAACAAGUGAUGGUAACACCCACUACCUCACUAUUAACCCACUUAAGAGAUGUGAUACUGGAGAGUAUACGUGUCAUGUGGAAUCUGACGAGAUGCAUUUCAUUGUCCAUGUUAAAGCAAUGAAGGUAAAAUUCUCCAAACCACUAGAAAAUGUAGUGGGACUCAAAGGUAGUGAUGUGGUUUUAAAAUGUGAACUGUACAAGUCCAAAGGAGAUGUUCAGUGGCUCAAAGGCAGCCAAGAGAUUACCCCAAACAGACACUUUACAAUCAGAGCUGGGGGUCGAGUGAGAAGCCUGACAAUACAUGAUGUAACAGAAGAUGAUGCAGGAGAGUAUGCUUGUGAAUCCAAAGAUGAAAGGACAUCAGCUACUGUGGUGGUCAAUAUUCCUCGCAUUGUGGAGUUUAUCGCAGAGCUACACAACAUAACUGUCAUGGAAGGAGAAGACGCAACAUUUAAGUGUAUGGUAUCUCCAGAGGAUGCUAAGCUAGCCUGGUUUAGGAAUGCCCAGCCAAUUUCAUCAAAUGAGAAGUUCAGCAUCUCAAGUAAUGGAUUAUGCCAUGUGCUGCAUAUCACCAACUGCCAAGUCUCAGAUAGCUGCAAGUUGACAGCCGAGGCUGAAGGUGUGAUUUCCAGAGCUACCCUUCAGGUCCAAGAGGCACAGGUGCUUUUCACAAAGAGCUUGUGCCCGGUAGUUGCAGAGGAGUUUGGUGAAGCAACGCUUGAGGUGGAGGUCAGCCAUGAAACUGCAGAGGUACAGUGGAUGAGACAAGGAGUGGUAAUACAUCCAGGGUCCAAAUUCAUCCUGAAGCAAGAUGGCAAAAAGCGUUCUCUCACAAUCCAUAAACUGACACUUUCAGACCAGGGCACCUACAGCUGUGAAACGCUACAUGACCGUACACAAGCCAAGCUCGCUGUGGAACCACGAAAAAUCAAGAUUUGGAAAGGUCUAACUCAGAUCCAGACUUAUGAAAGAGAGACGGCUUCGUUUGAGGUGGAGCUGUCACAUAGCAAUGUGGAGGGUGUAUGGCAGAAGGAUGGGCACAUUCUCAAAAACAACAACCGUUUGCGUAUGACUGCGAAAGGACGAGAACACAGCCUAACCAUCUCUAACCUGACCUUGGAUGACACUGGAUCCUACAUAUUCUCUGUUGACACCAUCAGAUCAAUAGCAAGAUUGGACGUUAAAGAAAUUCCUGUAUCAAUUCUGAAAAAGCUUGAGGAUAUCAGGCAACCAGAGGGAUCUGGUAUAACACUUGAAUGUGAGCUCUCACGGCACAACGUGGACAUAAAGUGGACAAAGAAUGAUGUUCAUCUUAAACCAGGAAAAAAUCAUCGUAUUUAUUCGAUGGGAAGAAAGUGUUUUCUACAGAUACUGAAGUGUGAACUGGGAGACUCUGGUUUAUAUGUGUGUGAUGCUGGAGAUGCCACAACAUCCUGUACAGUGGAUAUCUAUGAGAGGGAGCUUGAGAUACUACAAAGCUUAGAGGAUCUGGAUAUUCAAGAAGGUCAGAAUGCAGUGUUCGUGUGUGAAGUUUCCCUGGAUGAUGUGCCCGGAGAGUGGUUUAAGAAUGGCGAGAAGAUAAAACCAACCAGCACCAUUAAGAUCCGUCAGGAAGGGACAAAGCACUUCCUCCUCAUAUGCAAUGUCAAAGAAGACGAUUCUGGACAAAUGAAGUUCGUUGCCAAGAAUCUUGAGACAACAGCUUACCUCGAAGUGGAGGCACUACCAGCAAACAUUGUGAAACCACUUCAGGAUAUAACUGCUCUGGAAAAUACCCGUGUCAUACUGGACUGCACUUUGACAAACCCCCGUUGUAGCAUUCGCUGGUAUAAGGGCCCAAAUGUCAUCCUGCCCUCAGAACACUUUGAGAUCUGCAGUGAAGGAUGUUACCGAAAACUUGUGAUUCAGCAGGUGUUGCUGGAAGAUGAGGGCACCUACAGUGUUCAAGUUGGAAACUACACAUCUUCAGCAAAACUAACUGUUGAAGCUCAGUCGGUCCUGAUGGUGCGAGAGCUGCAGGAUGUGGAUGUAAUAGCUCCUGCAGACGCAUGCUUUGAAUGUGAAGUUUCUGCGCCAGUGGCCAAGGCACCUACCUGGACACUGAAUGGGGAGACACUGCAUCCUGGUCCUAAAGUUGUGGUAGAGAAAAUGGGAACCGUUCAUAAGCUCAUUCUCAAACAAACAUCUGAAGACAUGGGCGGCACUGUGUGCUUUAUUACUGGGAAAGCUAAAAGCACUGCACAUCUGCAGGUCAAAGGUAACCAGUGAGAAACAACACAUAAGCACUUACAGUGCAUAAUAAUCACCUACGCCACUAUUUAAAUACAAUAACACCAAAUGAAAUGAUGAAACUAUUAACUCUUUUGAUGUGUCUGAAAGUGAGAGCGCUAUCAUUAAUUUAUUUGAAAUCGAAAUUUAAAAUCUUUAGUGUCAUGUUUUACAAAUUAUAUCCCACUUUACAUGGUUUACCAUCCAUAAGAUAAUAAUAGUUCAGUUUUUCUAAAUUUAGAAUCAAAUACAUUUUGCUUUAUAAAAAAAAUACACAAAAUGAAUAACACCAGGCCAGAUAUCUUUAUGACUUAAAUUUCUUGCACAGUAAUUUGGUAUUUAAUUUUUGAAAUUUGUGUAUACUGUAUAUCCUUGUAUAGAUAUUCUUUGUGCAGUUUAUUUUUAAUUAUUAUUAUUAUUUUGUGGGAUGCAGAUUAAAGUGAGAUUAAGGCAUGUAAUACAAUUGUGCAGGGCCAAAGAUGAUCAAAAGAGCGUUUGGGACAGAAAUUGACUUUUACAAAGGAAGGGAAACAUUUACAUAUAAAUGUAAAUGGUUUUGAGAGUUUUAAUUGUUUGCUUCUGUUGUAAGAAAAGGUUACAGUUCAUGCCUUUUUACUUAAGUAUCCAAAUAAAGUGCCUCAGUUUCCUCUUGUUUAUCAAUAUCUUUCAAUAAAAUGUUGUAAUAU